AGAAUCAAAGAUUAGUCAAGAAAAUGCCUCGCUCGCGUUCGGAAGUCUUUCUGGGCCUGCUAAUGGUCCUGGUGCCAGUCCUGGCCCACUCCCAUCUCAGCAAUGUGCAGGAGCUGGAGCUCAGUUCGCUGCGCACCCACAAACAGCUUUUGCAGGCGGAGAUCGCCCGUCUUUUUCUCGAGCAACCGCCUCGAGCGGAGAACCAACUCCUGCUGGACGACCUGCAGCUGCGAGAUCACAAACUGGGUCAACAAAUAGAGAGCCUGGAGGAUAUCGCCAAGGGCGCGACCACACAAAGGCUGGCCAUAAAUCUGACCGCUGACUUUGAGCACCUGCAGCACAAACUGGACGAUUUGAAACGCCAACUUGAACUGCUGGAUGGACGGUUUGCCUCCCAAGAAAAGCAGCUUGAGGGCCACGCAUCCGAAAUAGCUCCGUCGGCGCCCUCCGGAUUGGGUUCCUUCCUCUGGGGACCCCUGCUCACCAUGCCAGAGUUUCCGCAGGGCAGUGUGGCCGGUGACCAGCAACAUAGCCACCACCAGGACCACCAGCAGGACCAGCAGCAGGGCUCCAGUCCCUCGAUCAUCAAACGAGUGCUGGACAUGCUCAGGCCUUCCGUGGGAGUAGCAAGCCUACGGAGCCGUUGGGCUGAAUCGGAGAAAUCAGCUGGAUCGGGUUUGGCCACGGCCAAGCCCGUCCACCCACUCAGCGCCGAGGAGCUCCUGCCACAGCUGCAGGAGCAGCGCAGGUUUCUGGACAAUGCCAUUACCCGACUAGAACUCCUGGCGGCCACGAAGGGCUCGAACAAGAAUAGAAUCAAUUAGGCUUUAAAUAGAAGUAUAAGAAUAAUCGAUACCUAAGGAAAGUUUUCAUUCAAAUCCGGCAGCAAGUACAAAGACAAAUCUACCUGAUUAUAAAUCGUCAAACUGAGGAUCAAACUUAAUCAAUUUGUACUGACAAAUAGAAGCUGUAGUAUUUAAAAGAUCACUCCAGUAAAGCCGCACCCAUAAAUUGUUGAGGUCGGAUGAUGAGUCGGCUGUUUUAUAGUAAUGACCGUACAUAGUAGCUAUUUAAAACAAGUUGGUUAAUUUGAAACAAAACCCCUAUUAAAUGAAGUUAAUGAGAAAAAAAUAAUAAAAGUCAUCAUUAAAUUUCUUAUUCUUUCUUAAAGUGUUAAACUACAAAUACUAAUACAAUCUGUGUGUCUUAGAGACAAGCUCGAAACGAUUGACUCAUUUGACCUACAAUGUCGCAACAACUUAAAAUAACCAAAUAAAAAGCCUUGCUACGUCAUCAGAUGAUAGGGGAAACUAUAAACCGUAAGCGUAACACCUGUUAACCUGUGUUCCACUCGGUGUUUGUCGGUUCUGAUAUGGCUGUUAUGCCUACACGCCCCUAUCUUAAGUGACUUGCUUUAUGAUGUAUGCAUAUGAUAUCGCUGAUAAAACUAUGAUUGAGCUUCAAUGAUGGGGCUUUUUCCUGACGAACAGGAAACUACUCGGGGCUCAAACAUUUCACCUAUCGUCAUGAUACGAGUGUGCUGAACUGCAAGAAUAGCAAGUCAUCUCAUAUUCACACACAGUGAGAACGAAAAGUAUGCUUUCAUGAUGGGCAAAAUUAAUACUUUAAUUUAUAAUAUAUUCCUUUAAAUAACGAACUUAUUUAAAAAUACAACCAUAAAAAGUAAACCUAUUGAAUAUUUAAUAAAAUAAAAACUGACUGCUUCUGGGUUCAAGAUGGUUUCAAAAUUAAUUACUACCAAAAAUGGUUCUAAUCGCCACACAUUGUUAUGCAGCCAGAAUCAAUACCUGUAAUUGGCCAGUAAAAAUACA